AUGUUCACAAGAACACCAUCGAUCGAAAAUUACUCAGGCUCCUGCAUGAUUCCAGCAAUUCUAAUGCCAUCACCUGGCUAUCCCAAUAAGCUUUGUACAAGUGUAUAUUCAAGAUCAAAGGUGUCAUCUACUCUCUUAAAAACUUCAUCCUCAUUUCAGAAGACAUUGUAUGCUCGGUUUUGGAUCUUCCAUUUGACACAACCUUUUCUUAACAAGGCCUCCAUGAGGAAAGUGUCACGUAUAAGAAGCAGUGCAGAUGGAAGCGGCUUAAACCCUUCAGCCCCAAAUAACAACAGUAGAGGGACAAGGCUUAUCAGGGCCUUACAAGCUUUUCAAAUCAGAUUAAGUGAAAGAAUUAAAGACUUGAGAAAAGAUCUUCCAAUGAAACUUUUGUUUUUCUUGACGGGUUUUUAUUGUUCAACGGCUUUCGCAACAGUUAUAGGACAAACGGGUGAUUGGGAUAUUCUUUCGGCUGCUUUGGCUGUGGUGGUUGUUGAGGGGAUUGGGGCCCUCAUGUAUACGGGGUCUUUUCCUUUGUUUGAUAAGUGA